AUGUGUUUACUGUGUAAGCACAGGCCAGAGUUUUACAUCAACGUAUCGACCUUUCGCUCUAUCAACUCUAUUGCCGGUGUCAAUGCCGUCCAUCACACCAAAGACGACAGCUACCAAGGCUGCAGCCUUUGUUUGGGAUGCCUUUCCUCCACCGCCACCCGAGGCUGAAAACUGGCAGCCCGAUCCGAACAGUAUCCCGAAAGCAGGAAAUCUUCCUGACCCCCGAUUCAAUCGCGACCCUGAACAAGAUCGCCGGAGCAAGUCGUACAGGAAAGAAGCGAAGAUGUACGGCCAAGCUUUGAGCGAAAGUGCAUCAUCACCAUCCACAAAAGAAAGCUCUUUAGGCCGUGGACUUGGGCAGUGGCCAGCGCCAGCUGCACGUAGCACGGGCUUUCCAAGAGACUUUGUUCAAGACGUCAAACCCACUUCACCAUCCUUGGAGUCCGUCACAGUGCUUAAGUCACGCAAGUAUCCAUCGAUUAGUACCAAGCCGACCCCACGUAUCGACGGUCCCCCUAAAGGCACGAUGGAGUUGAUGCCUGCACCAAACUAUCGCCGUCCAGAAACUCCAGUAUCAAGGGCCCCUGGAAAGUCAGCGUCCCCUACAAAGAGCCUAUCAUCAGUUUGGGCCUCUCUAGAGAAGGCAAUUGCAGAAGACGAAAGGAAGCUUGACGUAUCGGUUGUCACUGCCACUGGCUCAAAAAUCUCAUCCCGUCCCGAAAGUGUCCGCAAGAAGUCCAUCCCCCCGCACCUGAGGAGCAAGUCCGGUGAAGGCAAAACUAUUCCCCCGAUCAGCUCCGCGCAGAGCUUCAACCCAAGCCUGAACCCGAGGGCAAAGGCGUACGAUGUCAUGGCAUGGGAAAUGGUUUCAGCAGACUCUGGCAUUGAACAUGCUAAACAUGGCUUGCACAUUCAACAAGAUAUCCUGGACCGGUCCGUUGUCAAACAACCUACCCCAAAUGAUAAUCCAUCCGCUACACCUAACGCUCGCGCUCCUCCCGACCACGGUACCAAACUCAGAGUUAUGCUUAUCCGUGCGAUGGAGCACGAAUUAGACCUGGAAAAGGUAGCGCCUGAACGAGAACUCAUGGCUAUGCAGCGCGCCGAGCUUGACAGAUACUAUGACAAGGUCUGCUCGGCUCAUCAGCAAUGGUGGGAAGCCACGAGAAAAACAUGAUUAGUGACACACUGUCUGUGUGUAGAAUACAUGAUUCUCUUAAAAAAAGGAUUAUUGAGAGUUCCCAUGGUCCGCCUCGAAAUUCAUCAAAAGCUCACUUCCCGAUCUCAUGUUCUUUCUCUCGUCCUCUUUAAAACAGAAGACAUACUCUACCAUGGCGUGCUCUUUUGGAGUUACCCAACCCACUCUCAGAACGGCCCAUAUGCUCUCUCAGUCUACAAUAUGGAAUCAGACUAC